AUGUACACCCUGGUGGAUGUGUAUUUCGAGAAUGCUUACAACGCCAGCCUUCUAUUACAGAAAGAUCGAUUUCUAGAAUCUCUGGCCCAAGGCACCGUCGAGGCGCAUUUGAUUUUGAGUGUCUGUGCCUAUGCUGCCAACUUCUAUCGUACCGACAACGGUGAAGCACCUCUUCGUGAUCACGGGUUCAUGAUUGAAUGGGCAAAACGAGCCGGAUCACUGGUGUUCCAGGAUGCAGAAUCGCUCUGUGAAGACAAUAUUGUGACAUUCUGUGUUCUGGCAACAUUCUGGUACGCCCAAGGAUCAUGGAGGCUGUCAUAUUUGCACAAAGCAAACGCGUGCAACCUUCUCCAUAUCACGGGGUUUUCGUUGGCGGGACGUCAUACACAGAAUCCUGUCGAAUCAGAAAUUCGAAGGCGACGAUUCUGGGCUUGCUAUAUUAUGCAAUGCGCACUCAUGGAGGAUCCAGCUUUUAUGGAACAGAUUACUGAUGUCUCCGAACUACCAUUGCCGUCACCCGACGCGGAGUUGGAGGCUGGAGAGGCGUGCAUUCGUCCAGUGACCAUCGAUAACGGCAGGCCUGGCACAUCCAUAUAUGCAGAACUGAUUCGCGCUUUCAAGCUUUGCAUCGGUGCUCGCUUCACUGAGAUCUACGCCCUCGACGAUGCAUUGACAGAGUGGUGGACGACCAUGCAACCGGCGUUCAGGUUGACUCCGACGGCCAUUACCAAUGCCGAUGGAAAUACGGACAUUGCGGCCCACAAACUGCCUCUGCUUCUGCUUAUGAAUACAGUGUACCAUCAAUCCAUAUGUGCACUGCAUGCUUCCGUGGUGCCGCUGUUCUCGUGGACACCAUCUGAUGAUAAUUGGGCGUCGGCAAGACAGGCGUCGGCUCAAAAGACUUACGAGCAUGCACGUUCCGUGUCUGACAUGAUCGCAGCCACUCUCACCGCCCAUCCGGACCUAAUCAUGACGCAUAGUUUCAUCGCCUACGCGGCGUACAGCGGAUGCGCCGUACAGAUCCCGUUCACCUGGAGCUCAAAUCCUGUAAUCAGGAGACCGGCAACCACGAAUGUUAGCAACAACAUGAAGAUGAUACAGAGGAUGGCGCCGUGUUGGAAAUUCGCGGCCCUGGUGCAAAAGCAGCUUGGAUGUCUGUACCACAUCCACGAAAGACUCAAGGUCGAUCUUGAAGACGAACCGAAGAACAUCGACGUGAGGAAGUUGCUGGGGUUCAAGAUCAAUUCGGCCGAUGCGCGCAUCUCGAUCCUCGGGUUCACAGACAUUCUACGCUCCAAAGACCACGGCUAUGCGAACACGGGAGAGGAAAACAAUAGCCUUGGACUCCAGGACAAUACAGCUCAGCCUGAGCCCAUGGCGCAAGUUGACACUUCGACCACAUCGGCGACUGCACUUGAUAAUGUCGGCAGUAUGGCCCCAAAUUCACACAUAGAUAUGGUAGCGACCACCGCUGGAAGACACCAAGAUAUUCCCUCGGCGUCUCUACUGUUCCAGACAACAGAACCACUGGACUUCGCUUCAGAUCAAUAUGGCCACGACCAACAAGCGCCGAUGCCUAAUCCCAAUGCACAGUCACAAGCAUCUGGCGAACUGAGUCAGUAUGAAGUUGAACAGCAAUCAAAGAUGUACGAUGUGUGGCCGCCAUUCUUCCAUCCUACGAUGCUUGACGUCUUGCCUGAUGGCGAAAUGCUGAGUGUACCACAGGUUGAUGUGUCUUCUAUCGAUUUUGACUACUUGGACUCGGAAAACUGGUUUAUGCCAACUGCUUCGUAG